AUACAGUUUUGGGCGGGAGAAAAAUCGUGAAUCAGAACCACUUCACUUCUUUUACCCUUUCUUCUUCUUCUUCUUUUAUCUCUCCGGCGCAACCAACGUAGGAGAAAUACAGAAAGAUUUAAGGGGAUAAAAAUGGAGGAACAGAGAAAAGAAAAGAAGGAACGGAGAGAAGAGGAAACGCGGAUGUCUGCUAGGACGGAAUCGCCGAAUCUUCCAAAUGAAAUCAAAGAUGAAAUAUUCUUGAAUUUACCUGUGACGAGUCUAUUGCGAUUCAGGUGCGUAAUCAGAGACUACUCUCGAUUUUAUAGCCCUAAUUUCAUUAAGAUGCACUUAAACCGACAGAUUGAGAAGGACAAUGGUUCUACUAUCAUCGUUUCUACUGUUUCCAAGAUAUAUAAAGUAAAUAUCGAUGAAUUUCGCUCCCCAAUCCAACUUGAUUUCCCUCAUCGGAAUCCCACCUGCUUAACCCCAAUUGUAGUGGUAGGUUCUUGUAAUGGAUUGCUGUGCUUAACCCAUAGAGGAUUGUACGAAGACACUGUGUAUGUAUGGAAUCCUGCUACAGGAGAUUACAUGCAAUUGCCAGAACAUAUUAACAAUGGAAGUCUCUACAUACGAAUGUUUGGGUUUGGUUAUGACCAUGUUUCUGGUAAAUUCAAGGUGCUGGCAAUUUCACAUCUUGCAGAGAAGAGGCCUGGCCUCCGUAAAGUUGAAGCCUCUGUGUAUACAAUGGGGACAAGCUCCUGGAGAAGCAUUGGAGAAAUUCAGUACCCUCGUUGGGACCCAAAACCGCAGGUGUUUGGUGGUUGUCCCCAUUGGGUUGUGCCUCCUUUGAAGUCUGUUGUUUCAUUUAAUGUUGGAGAUGAGAAAUUCAAGGAAAUUCCAUUGCCCCCUGUCUAUAAUUCUGCGAAAACAGCGAACUUGACUUCAAUGGGAGGCUGCCUUUCUAUGUUUUGUUGUCAAACUUUCCCAGAUCGUUAUGAAUUAUGGGUGAAGGUGGAUGAUGUAUCAGGGAAUACUGCUUGGACCAAACAGCUCUCCCUUAACGUGACUAACAUACCUGGAGAUAGUUGCAUGUUUGGACUCCGAGAAAUAAAGUUAUAUGGCUUCAAAAACGGUCGGGUUUUACUGCGGCAUGAUGGGCCAGCUUUGUUUGACCCAGUGAGUAGUGACGUUAGAUCUCUGCAUCUUCCUGGUGCCCAGAAGGAAUUUAAUGUUUAUUCUUAUAUCGAGAGCCUUGCUAUGGUCACUUUUGAAUAAAUAAAAGGGGUACGAUAUGGAAGGAAUAAAAGGAAUGAUGAAUGAAUGUAGACCAGACCUGUGAUUGCCACCCAUUUCUAUUUAGGGGAUAAGUACUGGAUGAGACGCAAAGUAAAUUCCUCGCUUGGCCCGCGGGAAUGCCAGGUUCGCCACCGGAUGCCCCGGUGCUUGGGUGACUAGGAAGAGAUGUUUCGUUGCCUUCCAGAGGGAAUGCCUAGGGAUGCCGGCUGGAGGGCCUGAUGCUUCAUUGAUUGGGACAUUGAUGAUUAUGUUGAUGUAUUUCCACACUGGCUAGUGUGAUGAGGCAUAUGUGGCAGCCGUUGAUAACGGCAUGUCCUCACCUAUUUGUUGGCAAUGUGGCACUUCACUAUGAUGACUUAACUUAUGAAUUCUAAUUGUUCAUAUGGCCCCGUGCAUGUAGAAUGUUGCUGAGCAAAGUGCGUACUUGGUGAUCGGGGCCAGCAGCGUUCUGUUCCUGAGGAUUAGGGACUCAUUGGCAUUCCUUUUUGACCUAUUAAGUAGUUUUGUAGAAACCAGUACCAUGUGAUAUUUUGAAAUUCCAUGUAAAUAUGUAGAUAGGAAUUUAUCUAGAUGUAAAAACUUGGUCUAUACUUAUUUUCUUGUGUAAAUAGAUUGCCUCCACAGAUAGUAAUUCAAAACUCUUUAAAUACAACCAUUUUGAAAUUCCAUAUUCUUGAUAUUGUCUUUCUUUGAAUGUAUGUUUGGACUGGGACCUGUUUCCCAAAUGAAGGUAUUAUUUCAGGUAUCAAAGCCCCUUCGGGAACGACUUUCCAAAAUUUAAGACAUUGUUGUGAUCCUAUAGCAGGUAAGUAAAGUAUUUCUUUCUCCUUUGCUGGACCGUUGCAACCCCUCUCCUACCAAGGUGUGCUCAUAUUAUAUGUUUGUAUGCUAUAGCUCAAUUUUAUAUUGACAAUGUGCUGCCCCAGAUCAAAGAGAAGAAGAUAAUUGCACUAAAACCUUUUGUUGAUCAGCUUGGUAUGAUAAUGUUCUGCUGGAAAUCAACCGCCUAAGGUGCAGAGUGAAUUAUCAUGCUCUGAAACUCCUACCUGAGAUUGACCAGAUAACUGAACAGUGGGCAUCAAGAAUGAGAAAUUGCACGGGCAGCUCAAACCCCUAUAUGUGACAUUCAGAUGCUAUCCUUUUCAAAUUAAUCUCACCCCUUACCUGUUUGCUGCGUUUGACCUGGUAAUGCAUGAUUUUCCUCAGCAGGGCUCUUCAUUUGAGGUUUGAGAAGGGCAUGGUUGGUUUUUCAUUCUGCGAUUUUGUUGGGACGCAAGUGGUAAAGGCUAAGAUGGCGGGAUUCAGAAAAAAGAAUUGUCUUGUAGGUGCGAGAAUGGCUCCCAUCUAUGGCAACUGGCUCUGCAGAAGUGGAAGGAAAGUACCCCCUUGAGCCUGGGGAAGUGUCUGAUUCUUCCAGCAAUGGGCUAUCCCAAGAAACUCAAAUCUAUGUUGCUUCUGGACGAGUUUAUGGGGGAUUAGAACCGGAUGGCACCAAUUAGGAAUAUGUUCCCGAAUCUGGUAAGCUUAUGGGGGAUCAGAACUGGAUGGCACCAUUAGGAAAUGUUCCCGAAUCUGGUAAGCAUUUUUCCAACUGAUGUGCAAUUCCUUUUAGUUUUUCCAUCUUGAAGUUGCUUAACGACAGAAUUGUGCCAGUUAUAUCCUUAAAAGCUUUAAUAUGCAUGGAACUCAAUUGUACCGAUGCAAAAGAAUUAUGUGACAGGAGGUGAAGGUGGGAUCCACCACUAGCGGGAUUUGAUCCCAGCCUCCCAGGUCAGGGCACUAAUAAACCAUUGACUUUACCAUGUAACCAGCUGGCACCUUCUAUGUCAAGAGGCUUGAAUCGCAUUAAGGUUCUGUUUGUUUCAAUGUGAAAUGCCCAGAAGUAAAAUGAAAGGGAAAUAUUUCAAAUCUCAAAAAAAAAAAAAAAAAAGAAAGCCCUAGUUCUUCGGUAUUGAAUAGUGGGCAAUUCCCUUAUUAUUACUUCUGAUGAAACAGUCUGUAGUUAAAUGUUUUGCAUCCAUUUUUUGACUUCAACCUAUUUUCUGUUGAAAUAAAUGGAGCUUAAAUCUGAAAUAAAGACGGAUAAAAUGUUCAUGGUUCUGUUCCUUUCAUGAAGAGAACGUACUCAUGAGCCAAGAAGUCGGGGAUAAUGCUAGUGAAAGGCAUUUUAACCUAGUCAUGUUGCUAAUUUUGAUUCGGAUGAUUGGGGAAGGACUCAGGGAGGGUGACUUGGUUGAAUUUUCUUGUAGUUGAUGAUUCAUUCUGCAGAGUUAUGAAAGGUUACAAAGGAAGGGUUGGCGAGCCAAGAGGAAUUAGAUGGCCUCAGGAAUCAUGUGAUGAGCUUGGCAGCCCCUGAUUUCUUGUUCUGCUUGAAAUCAGAUGACUCAGGAGGUAACUUUGGCAAUUUGGUCGUUGGGGCUCACAGGUACAUGGGGCACAGACAGAAGUCCAUCAAACCAGACAAGGGUCUCAUGUCAAAGGAGUUUCAGGAUCCUACAUGGAUUGGGCCACCCUUAUGGAGGAUGCCAUUGUCACACACCAUACACGUACUGGAUUGCCAGAAGAGACUUUUCCCAACUAUGAUCUCUGUGAGAACCCUAUAACUCCAUGCAUGUGCAAAGCAUGAGCAUUUAGGGUAUAAUGAUGCUAGAAGCCUGAGUUUCAGAAGAGAAACUCUCUCAGGGGCAUGCUCCCCAAGAAUUUAUUGGUUGAUGCAAAGAAAGAUCAGUGUUCUUCCCCAGGAAAAUAUGAAGACUCACUACAAAGAAUGUCAAUGCAAGGAAUUUCACGAUUGUAUAUACCGACCUGCUAAAGUUAGUUUCUUUUUUUUAUCUUUUCAUGUAGGAUUUGUCAAAUUAUCUCUCCUGUAUAAAAUUGAAACAUUUAAACGUAGUUACUGUUUUUAUGUAUUGUGGCUUCUUAU